ACUUGCCACUUCUGAGGAAAAACCAACCAGUGCUUUCCUGCAGCCUUCCGUGGCUUGGGGUGGUGGAUGAGAAAGGGGAGGAUUAUCCUUAUUUGGCACCUCAGAUGAUUAACAUGUAUCUUCUGCUGAGGCAAGGGUGGCUGGAGUUCUGAGCUUUUUACCCUGACCUAUGGAGCUCUGGUCACCCAGCUUUGCAAGGACUAUGAAAAUGAUGAAGAUGUGAACAAACAGCUGGACAAAAUGGGCUACAAUAUCGGUGUCCGAUUGAUCGAAGAUUUCCUGGCUCGGUCAAAUGUUGGCAGAUGCCAUGACUUUCGGGAAACAGCAGAUGUUAUUGCCAAGGUAGCAUUUAAAAUGUACCUGGGCAUCACCCCAAGCAUCACCAACUGGAGCCCCGCUGGUGACGAAUUCUCCCUGAUCUUGGAGAACAACCCCCUGGUCGAUUUCGUGGAGCUUCCUGAUAACCACUCAUCCCUCAUUUAUUCCAAUCUCUUGUGUGGGGUGUUGAGGGGAGCCCUGGAGAUGGUCCAGAUGGCGGUGGAUGUGAAGUUUGUUCAGGACACACUGAAAGGAGACGGGGUGACAGAAAUCAGGAUGCGGUUCAUCAAGCGGAUUGAGGACAAUCUCCCAGCGGGAGAAGAGUAACCAUUCUGGGAGCAUUGGAAAUGACCAGCUAGGGCACUUGCUCAUUCUCAGCCCUCCCCCGGGGUUGUAAGGUCAGAGUGCCCCCACCGUAGAGAACUCAGUGACUCUUUAAGAUGUUAUAUAUUCUUCUAAUCUUGUUUCCAUUUUCCAUGCUAAUAAAAAACAGACUUGUGUGAUAUAUUCCAUUUAUCCCACAAGUGUCCGCUACUGAUCUCACUCUA